UCAACUUCAUCUUGGAUGGUCUUAUUUGAAUGAAUCUUACUCACAUCAACAGAAAGCAGACAGGCAGUACAUCGAUUAUUUUUUGCAAGGUAAGAUGAUGAGUCCCAAACUACUUGAAUUGCAGCAUUUGAAAUAUUUGGACCUUUAUAGAGUCAACUUCAAUGGGACCCGACUUCCAUAUUUCAUUGGUUCUCUUUCCAAUUUAAGACACCUCGAUCUCUCUUUUGCUUCUUUUGGUGGUCGAUUUCCAAGUCAAGUUGGAAACCUUACCCACUUGCAAUAUCUUGAUCUCCGAUGGAAUGACUUUAACGGUGCAGAAAAUCUGAAUUCGUGGCUCCCUCGUCUUUCUUCUUUAACAUAUUUGGAUCUGAGUGGCACCAAUCUCAGUAAUGUUCAUGACUGGCUGGAAACAGUUAGUAAGCUCCCUAAACUUACAAACUUAACGUUACAGUGGUGUGGUCUUCCUUCUCCUGUAAUCCAUUCCAGUACUCUUUUUAACAUAAAUUCUUCAAAAUCUCUUGCUCAUGUUGACCUCUCUGACAACCAAUGCACUUCUCCUUCAAUAUAUUUAUGGUUGUCAAACUACAAUGCCAGCCUUGUCUAUCUUGACCUCAGUAGCAGCAGUUUAACUGGUUUAAUUCCCAGUGUCGUUGAAAACUUGACCUCUCUUGUCUCUCUAGAUCUCUCUUGGAACAAAUUUGACACGGUGAAUCCGCAUUCUUUUUCCAGCUUAUGCAGUUUGCAAUCACUGUUCCUAGACUAUACUGGUCUGAGUGGACAGUUUUCCAAGUUUGUUCAAAUGUUGUCUACGUGUGUUCAAAACUCAUUAGAGACUCUGUACCUCUCUAACAAUCAUCUUUCUGGAUCAAUUCCUGAUCUCACAAACUUUUCAUCGUUGAAACUAUUAAUUCUCUCUACAAAUCAAUUGAGUGGAACAAUACCUGAAAGUAUUGGGCAACUGUCUAAUCUAGAGAAGAUGGACUUGAGUAUGAAUGCUCUAAAAGGUGUGGUUUCGGAAAGCCACUUCUCGAAUCUCUCUAGAUUAACAUCUUUGGAUUUGUCCUCCAACUUGCUAGUUUUAAACUUCAGUUCUAAUUGGGUUCCUCCAUUUAAACUGAGGUAUAUAUAUUUGAGGUCUUGCAAAAUGGGUCCGCAUUUUCCAAAAUGGCUUCAAACUCAAAAUGAGUAUUCAUACCUCGAUAUUUCUGAUGCUGGAAUUGUGGAUAUCCUUCCAAGCUGGUUUUGGGGUAUGACUCGUGAUGCAUACAGGAGUUUAAUGUUUCUUAAUCUCUCAAGCAACAAUCUCUCCGGAGAGCUUCCAGAAUGCUUGACACAUUUUGACCAUCUAGUCAUGCUUGAUUUGAGCUACAAUGCUUUUUCGGGGAAAAUUCCAUCCACAGUAGGCUCACUAUAUCAAAUGGAAACAUUGAAAUUAAGAAGCAACAGAUUUAUUGGAGAGUUACCUUCAUCCUUCAAGAAUUGCACCAGUUUACAAGUUAUUGAUGUUGGAAACAAUCAAUUAUCAGGACCCAUACCAAAAUGGUUAGGGGUUAGCCUUCAGAAUUUGGUUAUCUUGAUGCUUUCCUCUAAUAACUUCAACGGAAGCAUGCCGUCUGAACUAUGCCGUCUAACAAAAAUUCAAAACUUGGAUGUGUCUGUGAACAACAUCUCUGGAGCAAUACCAAACUGCCUCAGCAAUUUGACUGCUCUGGCACAGAUAGGAAAUUCAUCUCCGACCCUUGAACAUUUGUUGCCAACAAAUGAUGCUUAUAUUGUUUAUCAGGAUGAUGCAACAUUCAUAUGGAAGGGAAGAGUGUACUCGUACAAAAACACUUUGGGACUUGUGAAGAGAAUUGAUUUCUCAAGCAAUAGGUUAACGGGGGAGAUUCCAAUUGAAAUCACAUAUCUUGUUGGGUUAAAUUCUUUAAACUUGUCGAUAAACGGAUUGACAGGUGAGCUACCUGCAAAGAUUGGAAAGUUGCAAGCAUUGGAGAUCCUGGAUUUGUCAAGAAACCAGAUAGAUGGCAGAAUUCCAACAAGCCUUGCUCGGAUAGAUCGUCUUAGUGUCUUGGACUUGUCAUACAACAAUUUUAUUGGCAAAAUUCCAACAGGCACUCAGCUCCAAAGUUUUAAUCUCUCUAAUUAUGCUGGAAAUCCUCAACUGUGCGGACCUCCACUUCAAAAUAUGUGUGAUGAUCAACAGGAAACCAUGAUCUCAAGCAAUGAAGAAGAAAAGGAUGAGCUUAUAACAUGGGGAUUUUACGUCAGCAUGGCGCUUGGUUUUAUUGUUGGAUUUUGGGGAGUUUGUGGCAGUCUGAUUUUCAUUAGGCAAUGGAGAUACUCGUACAUCAGGUUCUUGAAUGUCUUGAAUGAUUGGCUUUAUCUGAGGGUGAUUUCGAUCAAGCGGCACUUCAAUUAAGCAAUGCGUCUUCUGAGAUAGCACAAAAUGGCUCACUUCACUAGAAGAGCUUCAUGGGCCUUAUCUGUUUUAAGUUUUCAAGUAUUGAGUUGUCACAAUAAAGAACUUUACUACUAAAUCUCUUUGGCAGAUGUUUUGUUAAUGUUAGUUGUUUGUAAGAUGUUUAUGUUUAUGUUUACUUUAUCAAGACCAUUCUGCAGAUUAUGUUUAGAAUCAUGAUAUUUACCAAAGAAAGUGAGUUAAUUAUGGACUGCA